AUGUUGGUGUCAGUGUUCAGUGUGGUGACGCUGGCGGCGGCGACGGUGGUGGCGGCUCCGCAGAAGGGCUACGACUACCAACAGGAAAGCGCCCCUUCCCUCGGCGAACCUUUGAGGGCUGUGGAAGCCACUCUUCAGGAACAAGUGGUUCUACCGGACUCAUCGAACCUUGUGAAUGACGAAGACCAUCACCACCACGCUCACCACGACCACGUGGGACUAGACUGGCUACGCGACUCGGUGCCCGGCGAGCCCGGCGUUGAUUACCCAAUCUUCGGACAAGUCCCGAAGACUUCCUUCCGUUGCCGUGGCCGGCAGCCAGGUUACUAUGCUGACAUUGAAACCAGGUGUCAGGUUUUCCACAUCUGUAACGUUCGAGGCGGCCAAGCCUUCCUCUGUCCCAACGGCACCAUUUUCGACCAGCAGCACUUUACUUGCAAGUGGUGGUUUACCGUCAACUGCGAAGACUCUGAGGGAUUCUUUGACCUGAACAACAACAUCGGCUCUGCUGCUGAGACACGGGAAACACAGGUUGUUAGGGAAGAUUUUGGCCAAAAGACGGAGCAACCCCAGGAAACUCAACAAGUUCAACAGAUUGAACAAGUUCAGCCAGAGAUCCAGCAGGUUCAGGAAGGCCAGACCGUCCAGGAAACCCAGAAGGAAGAACAUCCAAUCCUUCUGCCAGAUCAGAUCCCCACUCGUGUUCACCAAGUUAUCCAGCCAGUUCCCCAGGAAUCCGGCACAGUUCCCGUACAGCAACCCCAAGAAGUUCUAAUUAGCCAAGUUCCUCAGGAAGAAAAUAUCAUCCAUAAUGUCCCAGAAAUUUCCACAGGGACCAUUGGUGCUGAGAUUGAAGACUCGACAAUUCGGCAAGUUAUCAACCAGUUGCUAACUGAUCAAAAGGACACACAGAACACACCCAGCACUUCACAGGAAGCACAAAAUGAACUCGAUGCCGCCCUUGAGAAACCAACAGCAUGUGGCCAGGGAUCCGCAGACUGUGUAGCCAAGCCGAAUGGAGGAGUGUCUCAACUAUAUGACGUUCCCACUCUUAACACAGGAGAGUCCGUCUCUGUGCACAAUCUACCUGAAGAGCCUCAUGCUACUGGAGGUAUCGCCGAAGAUGAAAAUCUUAUUGUCCCUGGCAUAUCACAAGUCGGUAAUGAUAAUAAGGCCAUUGUACAAGAUCACCAAGCAAGGGACAACGAAGUUCAAAAUGAAGUCGCAUCCCCAGAACUCUCAGCAGCCCCAAGGUAUGAUGACACACCUGAGACUGUCUUCCAUAUUUCUCAAGUAGGAACUUCUGUCCAAGAAGAAAACUUGCAUCCCACACAAGAGAACCAAUUACAAGAAAAUGAUGAUCAGUUGAUUACCCAGGGAUUGUUCCCUGUUCAUACUGAAGAACAGCAGACUCCCACCCAAGGAGAGCAGGUCCUUGAUGAAGAGCAAGGCAAAGAACAGAUUUUCACUCAAGAAGAACAGGUCCCUAGUGUGCAUGACGACUCGGAUCAAGUAAAAAUACAAUUCCCAGUUCAAACAGAAGAGCAGAACACCAAUCAGACUGUUACUACUGAAGAAGAAAGUAUCGUCCAACUUGAAGAGCAAGGGGAAAAUCAACUCUCCAUUCAAGAGGAAGAACAUCUUUAUAGUCAGGAAGGCGAGUACCAUGCUAAAGUACAACAGUAUGUCCCUCUCCAGGACGAAUUCCUUGCCUCAACUGUAGAACUUCGAACAGGUAAUGAACAAAUCCACCCCCUUCAGUUGCGAAUUCGUAUCCCUAUGCAACCCGAGGAAGGAUCUCUUCAAGGUGAAGGUUAUUUUGCUGUUAACGAUGAAGAAGGAAGUGCGAUCCAAGAGGAAGAACCCACUACCCCAACUGUUCCUCUUCUCCAUGAGGAACAAUUUGUGGCGAAUUUCGAAGAACAAUUUCCUACCCUAGAAGAAGAGGAGGCUUCCCAUGUACAGUUGGAGGCUGGAGAACAGAUCCCUGUUUACAAUGAAGAACACAUCCCUGCUUAUGGUUAUGAACAGACCUUCACUCACACUGACGAAUUUUCCACCAUAGGAGAAGAACGUUUCCCCGUCCAUGCAAUUGAAGUUCUCCCAGUUAAUGAUGGAGAUGAACAUUUUUCUGUAACGACUGUUUUCCCUGAACAACAAGAUGAUGAGCCUACAGGCUUCCCUGUUCUAGCUGAGGACAUACCUGUUCAAGAAGAGGAAAUUCAUGGCUAUGGAACCGAGACUUCAGAUUUCCCACAUAUUCCUCCAACGAAAGUGCCAUCAACAUUCAUUAUUGAAAUACCAUCAGAAGUAUUUGAAGCUCCUGCUGAAGCAGCAACCCAAGGUACGUUUGGUGUGGCUCAGACAGAUCUACCUACAGGUUAUGUGGGAGAACAAGACAUUUCAAAUCAGUCUGAAGUCGUACAAAAGGAAUACACAGAGAAGUUUAAUCAGGAAGGUGUGACUUCACUCUAUGGUCUGCAAGAAAAAGAUGAGACGACUGCUUCCCCAGUUGAUUUGGAACAUGGCCAAGCCCCUGAGGCUGUCCAGCCUUUGUGCAACAGCAUUUCAUGUCCAAACAAAGGACAGGAUUACAGUUAUGGAAUUGCUGUAGGUGAAUUUUCCCCACAGACUCCUCCCUUCAUUCAGGAUCUAAGUGGCGAAAAUCUACAGUUUGACAAUACGCAGGUACAGGACACUACAGGCCUUGUUGAAGAGACAGAUUAUUCCAGUGAAUCAUCAGAAGAGGUAUUUGGAGACAGUGAUAUUCAGACAACGACAGUGGCACCAGAAGACACUGAACAUAACGAGGUUUUCCAGAUCGACAUCCGCCAUGAAAAUCCUGUAACUCUCAGUGUAGAAGGAGACUUCCAGCAACCAGAAGUGAAUAUUCCCCACCCUCAGAUUCCACAACUCUAUGAAGCUCCUGAGACAGCCAGUGUGACAGAGGAAGCUGUGACUGCAUUCGAGACUGGCACAGAGAUAGUGACUGAAGUGCCGGAGCAUGAUGAUGUUCAGCUAAAACUGCAUGAAGGUAACCUGGAGAUCGAUUCCUUAUUGUAUGAAAUACCCAUCAUUCCUGACGUACACCCUGAGGUCUUGAGCAGCAACACUGCCCCUGUAGAUCCUGUGGUGUCCCUGAUUCAGAGGGGAGAGAAUGAUCGUCACCAAAACGCAAGCAGUAAUAUUACCCAAGAAGUAUCAGUUUCAGACCAAGGACCUGCUGAUGAAGCCACUCAUCCUCCCUUCCUUCAGGAUGAAUACACUACAAUCCUUCCUGACUACCGGGAAUAUGUUACUCCCACUCCUUAUGAUGAGGAAGAUGUCACCUACAUCCCCACCGAGGAAGAUACUACAUUCCUCCCAGUAGCCAAAGACAAUGACAAAGAAACGAAAUUCUUCCCAGCUGAUGUAGAUGAAACUACAACUUUCCAAACUGGCCUCCAUGAUGUCACGACCAGCCCUUUCAGUCAAGAAGAUGAGGCAGGAAUUCCACUUUCAUCUCAAGGGGACCAUGACACCCAAGGUCUUAUUGCUCACGAUGUCCACGCGAACACGAUUGAAUUCAACAAAAAUCAAGGCACUGGAUAUUCACACACACAUUAUCACCAAGAGUCACAGAUGCCUGAAAUUACUUACUAUGAGACAUCUCAAGACCAAGCCACGGAUUCACUCCCACAGACACCACAGGAACCAAUUACUUACGAGCAGACACCACAAGAACCAGUAACAUUUGAACAAGAAAUGGGAGGAAACCAGGAACCAGUCACGUAUGGAGAAGGCUCAGUUUCUUUCGAACAGGGUCCACAGGAACCAGUCACUUUUGAACAGGGACCACAAGAACCAGUCGGUUUUGAGCAGGUGCCACAAGGACCAGUCACUUUUGAACAGGGACCACAAGAACCAGUCGGUUUUGAGCAGGUGCCACAAGGACCAGUCACUUUUGAACAGGGGCCACAAGAACCAGUCACUUUUGAACAGGGACCACAAGAACCAGUCGGUUUUGAGCAGGUGCCACAAGGACCAGUCACUUUUGAACAGGGACCACAAGAACCAGUUGGUUUUGAGCAGGUGCCACAAGGACCAGUCACUUUUGAACAGGGACCACAAGAACCAGUUGGUUUUGAGCAGGUGCCACAAGGGCCAGUCACUUUUGAACAGGGGCCACAAGAACCAGUCACUUUUGAACAGGGACCACAAGAACCAGUCGGUUUUGAGCAGGUACCACAAGGACCAGUCACUUUUGAACAGGGACCACAAGAACCAGUCGGUUUUGAGCAGGUGCCACAAGGACCAGUCACUUUUGAACAGGGACCACAAGAACCUGUCAGUUUUGACCAAGUACCGCAGGGACCAGUGACUUUUGAAGAAGUACUGCAAGAGCAGGGACCACAAGAAACACCCACUUUUGAACAGGACCCACAAGAACCAAUCACUUCUGAACAGUUACCACAGGGAUCAGUAACUUUUGAACAGGAGCCACAAAACACAGUCACUUUUGACCAAGUACCACAGGAGCCUGUUACGUAUGACCAAGUACCACAGGAACCAGUCACUAUUGACCAAGAACCACAGGAGCCAGUCACUUUUGACCAGGUACCACAGGAACCAGUCACUUUUGACCAAGAACCACAGGAGCCAGUCACUUUUGACCAGGUACCACAGGAACCAGUCACUUUUGACCAAGAACCACAGGAGCCAGUCACUUUUGACCAGGUACCACAGGAGCCUGUCACGUAUGACCAAGUACCACAGGAACCAGUCACUUUUAACCAAGAACCACAGGAGCCAGUCACUUUUGACCAAGAACCACAGGAGCCUGUUACGUAUGACCAAGUACCACAGGAACCAGUUACUAUUGACCAAGUACCACAGGAACCAGUCACUUUUGACCAAGAACCACAGGAGCCUGUCACGUAUGACCAAGUACCACAGGAACCAGUCACUUUUGACCAAGUACCACAGGAGCCAGUCACUCAUAACCAGGUACCACAUGAGCCAGUCACUUCUGAACAGGUACCACAGGAACCAGUCACUUUUGACCAAGUACCACAGGAACCAGUUAUUUACAAUCAGGUACCACAGGAGCCAGUCACUCAUAACCAGGUACCACAAGAACCAGUUACGUUUGAUCAGGUACCACAGGAACCAGUCACUUUAGACCAGGGACCACAGGAAACUGUUACUUUCGACGAGGAACCACAGGAACCAGUUACUCUUGAACAAGGACCACAGGAAACAGUCUUUUUAGAGCAAGGGCCUCAAGAAACUGUUACAUUUGAACAGGCACCACGAGAACCAGUGACAUUUGAGGAAAUACCUGAGGUGCCAUUUACACUCGAUCAGACCCCACAGAACCCCUUCUCGCUCGACCAGCCUGCACAGACACCCUUUUCAUUCGAGCAGACAUACCCGGAACCACAGACAUUCCCAGAAUCACAGACAUUCCAGCAGACUUCCCAGGACUUCCCCAGCGCUCCCCCUCUCCUCGGUCUCUACCUUCCUCCUCACGCCUAAAAAGAAUGUUCCUAAAGUUGUUUCAGUAAUAGCUUCGUAGUCAGGGUUUUUUCAUGAUGCCUAUAUUUAUUUGUAACAGUAGGUGGGUGGAAGUACAUGGUAUUGCUCAAUAUGUGUCAUCGGUGAGUCACUGUUCUCACCUGUGUGUCUGCGUGUGCGUGCGUUCGUGUGUGCUGAAAGCUGUGCACCGUCAAACGGAUUUCUGCUUUUGUUGUGCCUGUGAGGUAUAUUUUCUACUGCUUGGACCUUCGGCUACAGCCAACUAAUGGGCUCCGGCAACCAGAGUAUGGAUGGCGAUACAUUUUUUUCUGUGUCCUAUAUAAUAAAUGUUGUACGGUGUA